CCUAUGGGAAUUUCUCCUUCCAGUGAGAGAGCGCUACAUCUGUGUCUGCUAGGAGCAUCAGAAGGAUACAUGGCACUGUUCGACCAGCAGCUAGCAACUUCUGUGGAAAAACACUCCAGAAUCCAGGAAAAGUUCUGAUUGGUAAAUUCUAGUGUGCCUGUUCUUUUUCACUGGACUUACGUUUAUUCAAAGAAAAACAAAAAGGAAACGCUCCCCAAAUCACAUACAAGCACCUUUUUUCUCACCAUUUUCUUCUGUCUCUCUCUGCACUGAGAUGAAUGUCAAUCAAUUUUUAAACAGCAGAGAAUGCUUGAAUUAUACCGAAUGAGCUGUUCGAGUGACACACUCUAACUGAAAUAUAAGCUCUUCUCAGGAUGGUUUGAAGAUUUUGAUACAUUUUGGAACUGGAAUGCCGGCACAAGUGGGAUUUUUGAAAUUGGAAUCUGAAGUAAUUAUUGUAUACUGUUGUGUUUAUUUUCUGGGAUAACUGAUUGACUAAAAGGUUUGAAAGUAUAGCAGAAGAGUGAAAAACAUUAAGGUACGGGAAGCCCCCACCUGAACAUUCAUCUACUUACUGAAAGGCAUGCAUCUCCACCAGAGCACCCAGCUUUCAUUGAGAAACCUUAACUGGGAUGUGCAUUCAGAGCGCCAUUGAAAACUCCAUUGACUCCACUCUGUAGAUACGUUACUCUAAGCUGGAAGCACUGAGAACCAUUAUGGAAGUAGAACAGCUGAAGAACUCAACAGCUAACAACAGUAAUACGUCCAAUGUUCAAAACCUCAGUGGUCACAGUCUUUGGGAAGUCAUCACUAUAGCAACUGUUUCAGCCAUUGUGAGUCUGAUAACAAUUAUUGGUAACAUUCUUGUUAUGGUAUCGUUCAAAGUAAACAGCCAGCUGAAGACAGUUAAUAAUUAUUAUUUAUUAAGCCUGGCUUUUGCAGACCUUAUUAUUGGAGUAUUUUCAAUGAAUCUAUAUACCUCUUACAUACUGAUGGGAUACUGGUCUCUUGGAAGUCUAGCGUGUGACCUCUGGUUAGCACUCGACUAUGUUGCUAGCAAUGCAUCUGUAAUGAAUUUGCUAGUCAUUAGUUUUGACAGAUAUUUCUCUAUUACGAGACCACUGACUUACAGAGCCAAACGUACCCCGAAACGGGCUGGCAUCAUGAUCGGCCUAGCUUGGUUGGUGUCUUUCAUUCUUUGGGCACCUGCAAUUUUGUGCUGGCAGUACUUUGUUGGAGAAAGAACAGUCCCUUCAGACGAAUGCCAGAUUCAAUUCUUCUCUGUACCUGUAAUCACUUUUGGAACAGCCAUUGCUGCUUUCUACAUUCCAGUUUCCAUUAUGACCAUACUGUACUGCCGUAUCUACAAGGAGACUGAGAGACGCACCAAGGACUUGGCGGAACUCCAAGGUCUGAACUCUACAUGUGAUCCCAAGACCAUUAAACCCCAGAAGACUACCAUCAAAUCCUGCUUUAGUUGUAAACAACCUGCCAAUGUCAACAGGGAAAGAAGCCAAGCCUCGUGGUCAUCUUCGAGCAGAAGCAACAUUACGAAGACCACACUUGUGUCAAAUGCCAGUGACGAGUGGUCCAAAACUGACCAGGUAACCUCCUUUAACAGCUAUGCAUCAUCAGAGGAUGACGAAAAACCUGUAACUACAGGAAUCUUCCAGACAGCUUACAAAAACCAGGGCACUGACCAGAAAGAAUCCUCCAGCAGAGCAGAGAGUGAGCAAGCCUUCAUGGAUGAGCAGCUGAGCAAUUACGAAGAAAGCAGUUAUUUUUCUACCCCUGCCAAACACAGCUUACAAAAAACCAAGAAAUGUGUCUCCUACAAAUUCAAGGCAGUCCCUAAAGAUGGUUGUCUCCCACAAAGCAAGAAUGGGGGAUCCAAGUUGGUGGCGUCAUCUUGCUCCUCAGCAGAAUCUGUGGGAGCUUCCUCCACCAACAAGACGAUGGACCCCAAUCUGAAGAAUCAGAUCACCAAGAGGAAGCGUAUGGUCCUUAUCAAGGAAAAGAAGGCCGCACAGACACUGAGUGCUAUUCUCUUGGCCUUCAUUCUCACCUGGACACCCUACAACAUUAUGGUGCUAAUUUCCACUUUUUGUUCACAAUGCAUUCCUGUGUCCCUCUGGCACCUUGGAUACUGGCUCUGUUAUGUCAACAGCACUGUCAACCCCAUGUGCUAUGCCUUGUGCAACAAGACAUUUCAAAAGACCUUCAAAAUGUUGCUCUUUUGUCAGUGGAAAAAGAAAAGGGCAGAGGAAAAGCUGUACUGGUAUGGACAGAAUCCUGGAAUGAACACCAAAAUGACAUGAGAAUUUAAAAGGAAUAGCUUUUGCUGUGAAAUAAUGUUAAACUAUCCUUGGAAUUUUCCAUCAAGAAUUGUGACAACUUUGAAUAUAAUUUUUCUUGUUUUCUCCAUAAUAUAUUCAGUUCAGAAAUGAAUAUGUUAUGCUCAUCAGAUAUGCCCACCAUAUGUUUCUGUGCUUCUGGCACAUUUUGUAAAGAUAACCGUUACAUUCAGAUAUCUCAGAUAUCUCUUAGAACUAAUGAUUUUGGCCAGCUACCAUUUCUAGGACAAUUAGAAGUGUCUCUGGAGAAUGUUCACUGUCAUUUAGUAUGCCUUGACUCACAACUGUUUAGACACAAGGUAAAAGGAACCAAAAGGCAUUGAUAUUGUUCUUCUUCUAAAAAAAAAGAUUAAAACAGGAAAACAUUAUAGGAGGUAAUACUUGGAUUAUAAAAUUAUUCCACUGUUUUACAUAUAGAACAUACUUAAAUAUACAUAAAGAUUUAUAUGUUGUUCUCUAAACAUAAAGCUUUUUAAAAGCAUACACAUACUGAAUUCAAGCUCUUUUUUGGAACAAAAAUAUUGAACUGCAGGACAAGUACUACUACACUGUAAUUCUAAUUGUAAUUCAUUUAUUUCUGGAAAAUGAAAAGUAUAAGUGCAUCCCCCCAGACAAAUCUAUUUUUAUUUUUGUAAAUG